UUCAAACCCACGUCGCCCUCUAGAACUAGAAAAGACAAAUCAAAACGACACUCUGAAGAGUUCUCUACUUCUAGUUAUAGUAAAUACAUUCCGUUGCUUAGCAACUCGUACUAUUCCAGGGACCAGUCUAGUGACUACUAUAGUGAUACUUCCAAAGAACUAUGUCAAAAUAUAACGUCAGUAUGACAGUGAAGCACAGUACAACCAGUCCAUUUACUUCUGAAAUUUACAUAGAUUAACCUUUAACUGCUGAACUUUUGCACAAUUUCUAUGUUCGACAUCCAUUGAGUUUAUUUAUUUCCUAAUUCCAUGAAAUUUCAUUUAAUCCUAUUGAAAAUCUAAAAUCACAAAGUUCAUGCAUUACUUAGGAAACUUUUUACUCAAUUUCUGUUUACCAUCAAAAGCUUGAGAAAUUUAGAUGGCUGUUGAAAUAGUAUAUAUAUAUAUAUUUAACUGCUGAAUUUCUCAAGGGUUGUACUGUGCUCCUGUGUUUUAUGUAUUUUAUAUGUUAUGUCAGAAUGUCCGAACAGUUUUACUAAAUAUAUGUAAGCCUCUAACAUUUCUAGAGGCAUUAAUAUACCGGUACUACUAUAUAGAAAAUAUCUGGUGAAGACCAUAUGAAAACCCACAUGUUUAUCUCCCUCAACAGAAGGAUGCCCAGUCAUUUUGGGGGUUAGAAUAUCCAAGAUAUGUAAUAAAAACAGCAUAAAGAUCUACAAUAUUAUAAUUUAUCACACACCCGUGCCGAUUUUGCGACUCCGUAAAAAUGGUAUUGCACGGCCGUGCAUAUAUAUUGACGUGAUGUCAUUAGCGUUAUACAAACAUCGUGUAAAGACGCACUAUACUAUAGACGCGUCAAUAAAAAAAAGGGCUCUUAUUUCACAUUAAACAGUCUUUAUUUUGGGUAUGUGAUAAAUAGAAUAUUAAAUUCGUGUAAGUUUAUUACUGAAUUUAUUGCACUCGUUGAAUAAAAUAAUAUUAUGCUCGCCAGAGGCUCGCAUAAUAUAAUUUUAUUCAACUUGUGCAAUAAAUUCAGUAUUGAACUUACACUCAUUCAAUAUCCUCUAUAUAAUCUAAUGUUGGUGGUCAAAUUUUAUUAAAUUAUUACAUAAUGAAAGAUAUGAUUAUUUAUAGAAACAACAGUAUCAAGAAUGUUUGUUCUUUAUCAGCUGAUGGUAUUUCAUUGAAUUGGGAGAUAUCUAUUGCAGUUUAUAGGCUGGUAGUUAUCAGUUAAAAGUAAUGAAACCGGUGUAUAUCAACCACAAUGAUAAUAACCAGAGUGGUCUAACAUCCAAGCAUGUGCAUAUUUAAUUUGUUGUUUAUCAGGGAUUAAACCACACUGAGGCCUUUCUAUUUGUUAUUGCUGAUAUCUAAAUGUUUAUAAAAUAUGUUUCAUGAAUAUUAAGACAAAGUUGAUCCAAUAGCCUGCUGGGCAAAAGCUGUGCUGUAAAAGUAAAAUCUAUAAUUUAUUGUCAGCUUUAAGAGAAUAUAUUUGUAUUGCAUAAGUUAUUUUCAGCUAACAGUGUAAACAGUGGCAAUUUAUUGUCAGCUUACAAUGCAUAUAAUGACAAUUUAAUGUCAGCUAAUACAUAUAAUACAUGUAUAGUGGCACCACUUAUUGUCAGCUAACGGUGAAUACAGUGACAAUUUAUUGCCGGCUAACAAUGCAUACAGUGACAAUUUAAUGUCAGCUAAUACAUAUAAUACAUGUAUAGUGGCACGACUUAUUGUCAGCUAACAGUGAAUACAGUGACAAUUUAUUGCCGGCUAACAAUGCAUACAGUGACAAUUUAUUGUCAGCUAAUACAUGUAAUAUAGUGGCACGACUUAUUGUCACCUAACAGUGAAUACAGUGACAAUUUAUUGCCGGCUAACAAUGCAUACAGUGACAAUUUAUUGUCAGCUAAUACAUGUAAUAUAGUGGCACGACUUAUUGUCAGCUAACAGUGAAUACAG